UAUUCCCUGCAGCCCAGGUGUGCCGGUGGCAGUGGGAAGCCCGUGAGUGGUGGCUCGGCCUCAAUGUACACAGAAAUACAGCGGGAGCAUCCCAACAGCGGGAAUAUCCUGACUCACCCAGACUACAUAGAUGGAAACCCGGACCUGAUCAAACCUAAAAAGCUCCUCAACCCCGUCAAAGCCUCGAAGAGUCACCAGGAGCUGCACAGGGAGCUGCUGAUGAACCACAAGAGAGGCUUGGGCGUGGAGAGCAAGCCAGAGCUGCAGCGGGUGCUCGAGCACCGACGACGAAACCAGCUCCUCAGACAGAAGAAGGAAGAGGAAGAGGCAAAGAAAUUGCAGUCACCCUUUGAAAAGGAGCUACUAAAGAGGCACCAGAGGCUGGAUCAGCUGGAGAAAGAGCAGGAGAAGGAGGAAGACCAUGCACCAGAAUUCAUUAAAGUAAAAGAAAACCUGAGAAGAACAUCGACAGUGACUGGGGAAGAGAAAGCAGCAUAG